CCGCUCCCCGCGCCGCCGCCCCCCGCCGGCCUCCCGGGAAGCGCCGCAACGGCCCCGCCACCGCCGCCCGUGGGGAGACGCGUCCCGCGCCCCGCGGCCCCGUGCGCCGCCCCAGAUCCCCUCUUGCAGUGCAGGGGGGGUCCUGCACCCCGCGGAGCGCAUCCCUGCCGGCACCCUGUGAUGGCCCCGGGACCUGCUGCUUCCCCGCAGCCAGCUGGAGAGGAGAAGCCAGCGGGGACGGCCGGGGAGGGGGACUGACUCCCCAUCCAUGGCAGGGGGCACCCGCCCGGGGAUCCCGGAGAGCAGCCCAGCGCCCGGGGGCUGCACCCGUCCCUCGUCCCCCCGCCGCAUGCACCGCCGCCCAGGAGGCUCCCGGUGAGCUCCGGCCAUGUAGGUGCAGCCCGGGGCUCCGCCGACAGUGGCCGUCAACAUGCAGGCGGGCUACGCAGCCGUCCUGUGUGUCCUGGCUGUGCUGGGGCUGGAGGCUGCUGCGCCAGGUGAAUGCGAGAUCACCCGCCUGCUCCAGGACAAGCUGCAGUACGAGAUGCGCCUGCAGUACAUGGCCCUCUGCUCUUAUCCACCUUUCCAGAAGCACUACUUCCCUAUCAACUACAAGGUCCAGGUCCAGUACGAAGAGGUGCUGAGGCCAUCCAACAUCACCCACCUGCGCAACAGGACAGUGUCGGAGACAGCGCUGCGGUACCUCUGGUUCCACAUCAACUCCCAGGCAGUGCUGCGGAUCCACGAGGUGCUGCCGGAGAAGCACCCAUCCUGGAAGUACACCCAGGAGCUGUGCCAGCUCUUCGAUGCCCUGGGCAAGGAGUACAGCAAGUACCGACAGACGGAUGUGGAAACCGUGGUGGCCGACCUGGUGAAGCUGGUCCACAGCACAGGUGUCGAGAGCCGGAGGAAGGCUGUGCGCCCCAAGGCACUGCUGGACAACUGCCUCAAGGUCAUGCAGAUGCUCUACAGAGUGCCCUGUCAGUGGGAGUCCACCUAAUGCUGCAGAAGACCCCUCGCUUGAUGUCUUCUCCUUGCCAUGGGGCCCAGGAUGCUGCCUCUUCUCUGUCUGUCCCCCCGGCAGAACCCCUUGGGAGUCCCCAAGGAAGGUGUAAAAGGGGACAAAUGCCACCCACUCCAGGACCAAAUGCCACCCCCUCUGGGAUCUGGGACUGUUCACAGCCACGAGGCUGGCCCCAUCUGAAAUGCCAGGCACGUUCUGCAGGGGUGCAGGCAGGGGGGCUCAGACCCAGCUCCCCGUGGGCAGGCAGCUGCUGGCUGCCUGAGGGGGGCAUGCUGCCCUGCCUGCAGCAGGGCGAGGGCAUUGCCCAGUUCCUGUCAGUUUGUAUUUUUCCCUCAGCUUUUGUUAAACACCAGGUAAUUCUCUAGUGCUCAGCAUUGCAGCUCAGCUUCCAACCGGGUCCUUGGAGCCUCCAACCUUACCUGAAAUAAAGGACCAGCAGAGAGAA